AAAAAUUAAAUAUUCGGAAUCUGUGUUAUGUAAGCUUUCUAUCGAUACCAGUUUCAUUGAUAUACUGCCUGUUUUUAACGGCAAAAUAAAAAAUAAUAUAUUGUGUUUACGUAUCGAAUUUAGUGCGGUUGAAUAUCGUGCUAGCUUCGCAUAUGUUCGAUUUUGUUGUUCUCGGAGGAAGAGCGAAUCCUGUGGUGAAUCCUGUGGUAGCUUCACACUAGUUAGUUAAUGUAUAUGUAUUGUCGCCAUGUUUUCAAACUCUAAAUGCGGGCUUUUCCUUUCGUGUUUGCAAUUUGCAAUACAAAAUAGUUUGUAUAGCGAAUUCAUGUUAAAGCCAAAACAGGUGAUUUGCUUAGAAAAGGUAUUUUUUAAUUCGGAUGUUCUUGCGGUUUUACCAACUGGAUACGGUAAAUCAUUGAUUUUUUACUUGCUUCCUGCUCUGUUAUUUGCGGCUAAGAACGGUGUUGCCAAAUACACCGAACACAUUGAUUCUAUAAUCGUCGUCGUGUCGCCUUUAAAUGCUCUGAUGAAAGACCAGAUUUCACGAUUAAAUGCGGGUAUAAUUCGUGCAUCAGUCCUCGACGUUAGGAACGUAGCAGCAGAAGACUCUGAGGAUGCGGAAGACAAAGAUGAUGGCAUUAGAUCUGAUGUUGUUUGUGACUUUCCUCUUAAUGACAAAAUAAAACUUGAAGAAGGAUAUUAUAAUAUUGUAUUUGCACACCCUGAGUCGCUUGUUUCCUGUUUAUAUGGACGAAGAUUGAUGCGAAGCAUUGUGUAUCAAAAGAACGUUUGUGCUAUUGUUGUUGAUGAGUCCCAUUGCAUUUUAGAAUGGGGUAAAGAUUUCAGAGUGGAUUAUGGAAAUCUGGGUGCCUUGUGUGCCACAUUUUCAAAUGUACCUGUCAUAGCCAUGACUGCAACAGCAAACCGAUAUGAUAGGGAUUGUAUCAAAAAAUCCCUGGGCUUAAAAUCAUGUGUGGAAAUCAUUGGCAAUCCUGAUCGCAUGAACAUAACAUACAAAAAGCAUUUCAGAACUGGACCAGAUAUUGAUUCUCUCACAGAAAUCCUUACUCCUAUAGCUGAAGGUUUGAAAAAACAGCAGAUGUGCUAUCCUUUGACAAUAAUCUACAUCCCCUUGAAGUGGUGCGGGUUUGCAUAUAAACUGUUUGAAUUUGUUCUGGGAUGUGAUCAAUAUUAUCCCAAGGGAGGCAGACCAAUUCCUGAAAACAGAUUAUUUGCACAGUUUCAUUCGCCUCAAACUAAGGAGAUGAAGGAUGAAGUCUUGAAGCAGUUGACAUGUGCUACAGGAAGCACAAUCAGGGUUGUAUUUGCAACAGUAGCCUUGGGGAUGGGUGUUGAUAUCAAAGGCAUCAGAAGUGUUGUGCAUAUCACUCCACCAUACACAAUACAAGCGUAUGUUCAGGAAACUGGAAGAGCUGGGAGAGAUGGAAACCAUGCAACUGCAGUCCUAUAUUACAAUAAUCGGGAUGUUGCAAAAAACAAACCGGGGAUGCAAGAAGAUAUUCGAGUUUAUUGUCAAAACAGAGGCACAUGUCUCAGAUAUAUGUUGCUGAAAUCAAUGGACACAGAUGAAAGGUACAUUAAACCACUUUCUCCCAAACACUUCUGUUGUAGUGUUGUGGUGAAGAAUGUGAUUGUUGCACUUCAUAGAUCCUAUUUAAGAACAAAUAUAAAUAACAUAUGUAGUGCUGUGAAACAUAAUGUACAUAUUGAUUAA